AGCCUACUAGUUACACCCCCUCUACCUUAAUUCCACCUUUCCUUAAAUAUUUAUACACAUAAUCACAUUCAUCCUAAGAAAUUAAAAAAAUGGGUGAUCACAAGAAAAAAGCUUUGGAACCAAAGCAAAAACUAGAGGAACUAUACCAAGGAAUUCCAGAUGAGUCAGUUAACCUUACCUUUCAAGACUUACCAAAUGUAAUGAAAAACACUACAAUUUAUGAAGGUAAUGCUAUUAACACCCCCACAAAAAAUAUAACAUCACCUUCUCUUUCACCUAUGUCUAUGUCACCUAUUCAUGACUUCCAAAAAGGCUUGAAGGUAUAUUCCAAUGACAUCUAUAAUCAACAAGAUUUUGGUCAUAGAGGUGUUGUUGGUGUUGGUGUUCAAAGUACUCCAAGCAGGGCAAGUGAGUAUAGUAUGGGCUAUGAUGCCAUGAGUGGUGAGAGUUUGGGUUCUGGAAAAGCCGGUGUUGGUCGCCGAAGACGACAAGGGAUUCCUCACUCUAAGAUUUGCACCAUUUGCAAUGACUAUGUUUAUAUUUUCAGGACUAGAUGUUUGGUAUGUGGCAGGGUUUAUUGCAAGCAGUGUAUGGAAGUAGGUAUGGGAGAAUUGAGAGAAGGAAGAAAGUGUAUUGACUGCCUUGGAUUGAGAUUCAGCCAAAGGUACAUAGAAAGAGCAGGGUUACUAGGGUGCUUGAAUUGGAGGUAUCCAAGUACAUUAAAGCAAAAUGAACUCAAAUGGGCUGAGAAAGGACCAAGAAGGAAUGGUGACAAAGGCUAUGGUCACCAUUCAAGAACAACAACACCUACAACUCCAAGGAGUCCUCUUUCUAUUGCUAGCAGUGAAGCCUCAUAUGCCAUGUCAGCAACAAAUUCUCCUUUCACUCCUCAUCAUCACCACCACCCUCUUUGAAAACAAGAACAAUUAAUUUAUCUUAAAAACUUAUAGAUAUAUUAUUUAUAUCUCUUAAACUAUAGGACCCUUUAAAAUAUUUUAUUUCUAAUGUUUGUUUUUAUUUCAUCUUAUGUUGGUUUGUUCAAUUUGUUGAUUUAACUUAUAUUAAAAGUUCUAUCAUUUCUUU